AACUCCGUGCGCUCUCCACGCCCGUCCUUUUUCCGCCAUCUUUCCGUGCCGCCAUAAUGGUGCGCAUGAAUGUCCUGGCUGAUGCUCUUAAGAGCAUCAACAAUGCUGAAAAGAGAGGCAAACGCCAGGUUCUUAUAAGGCCUUGCUCCAAAGUCAUUGUCCGGUUUCUAACUGUGAUGAUGAAGCAUGGUUACAUUGGCGAAUUUGAAAUCAUUGAUGAUCACAGAGCUGGGAAAAUUGUUGUGAAUCUCACAGGCAGGUUAAACAAGUGCGGAGUGAUCAGCCCAAGGUUUGAUGUGCAACUCAAAGAUUUAGAAAAAUGGCAGAAUAAUCUGCUCCCAUCCCGCCAGUUUGGUUUCAUUGUACUGACAACUUCAGCUGGCAUCAUGGACCACGAAGAAGCAAGAAGAAAACACACAGGAGGGAAAAUCCUGGGAUUCUUUUUCUAGGGAUGUAAUCCAUACUGAAAAAUAAAAUGCCUCAGUGGACUCUGGUGCUUC